GUGCUCGUGCACGGCAUCUGUGGCCACGCCAGGGACUUCGAGGUGUGGGAGGAGCGCCUCCGAGCCUGUGAACGGCCCGAUUGGGUCGUGAGAAUCUCCGAGAAGAUCACGCCCCAUGCCAAGUUCGCGGGGUCGGAGGUUUGCAAGCUCGGCGAGAUGCUGGCCGGCGAGGUCAUCGACUGGGUAAAGGAGCUUCAGAUCCAAGCCGGGAUCGUCGUUCACUUCGUUUGCCACUCUCUUGGUGGACUGGUGGCACGGGCAGCUCUGCCGAAAAUCUGCGAGGAGCUGGAUGACGAACUGCCAAGCGUGAGCUACGGGCAUUUUAUCACGCUGAACACGCCCCAUUUGGGUGUGCGGGGUGCGAAUCUCUGGAUGUGCUGGAAGAACAUGGGCGUGCUCAUCCCCACGGCCGCUUUCAGUCAGAUUCAUCAGCUGACGCUGCAGGAGCGCGCACCAGAUCCCGUGCCUGCUGAUCCAAUUGCCCAGCUGAAAGCGCAGCGUGCCAUCUUAAAGAAGGAGCUGAAGGAUUGCAUGAAACAGAUGCGAAAUGAGGCCCGUAGAAAGCGACGAUUGCUCAAGAAAGCUGGCAACCUCACGGUCGAAGAACUCAACUGGCUGAUGGUACGGCGCACUACACGUGCUGCCUAG